UUCAACAGGAGAAUCCAUCUCUCUCAAACUUGCAAUUUAAAGACUAGUCCAAAAAUUCUCUGUAACCUCCACAAUCAGUCCCCAAGCAUUAUCCAAAACAAAUUCACCAUCAUCAUUUAUUGCUCUCAAAAUCUCAAUUUGAAUUUGUCUUAGUGUAAAGCAGUUUGCUUCUUUGAAACUGCCAGAAUUUCUAACACCAAACUCAAAAAAAGAAAGCAAACAGUGAAACCCAAAAAGACCUUUUUUGGUACUUCACAAUUACAGGACCUAUGGUGGUGUGAGAGUAGCUUGUUAAUGAUGUCGAGACCAAUACUGCUUGUUUUUCUGUUGAUUGUACUCAUAAUCACAUCUCAGUUGGAAUGGAAGCAGCAAUUGGUGAGUGAUGUCGAACCGAGUCCUAGUAUAUCUCAGAAGCAGCAACAGAUUUCAAACAGAGAAGAAGCUGUUAAAGAGAAGAUUAUUUUAUCACAGGAGAAGAACAUCCAGAGACUAAACGAGCUAGUACGGAGUCUGAGGGAACAGUUGCUUCAGUGCAGAAGUAGCAAUGAAACAGUAAACAACAGUCUUAGCUCACUGGCUGAAUUUGAAAAACAGCAAAUUCUGGAGGAUUAGACGGUGACAUCGAUAACUAUAUUCUAUUUGCUAUCUGUAACUUGUUUUUUCUUUCUUUCUUUCUUUCUGCUUAUUUUGUGUGUUAAAUCUUGUAAGUUGCUGAUGAAAUGUGCAAUUUAAGUGUCGUAAUUUUGGGUCAAUACUAGUUGUGUAAAAAGAAAAAGGACUUUGGUUCUGAAAUUAGUUUUCUCGUACAAGUAUAUGAGACGUGCCCUGGAACUUGAUAUACUUGAGCUGUUUCAGAUGACUAAUUAAGGUUUGAAGAGGGAUUAAUUAUGUUGAGAUUAGUUAUUCUCAUAUUAUUUU